AUGAAUUCUAAAGUGCUAUUUCUUCUUGUUGUCUGCGCCGUUAUCGCUUCUCCUGUCUUUUCUGAAGGUCGUCUUUGUAAAUUGUGCAAACAUAUAGUUGAUGAUGUCAAGAAGUUGGUUUCCGCAGGAAAAGACUCUGAACAGGCUAUCAGGGAACAGUGCAACACAAACGCUCCGAGGUUUUUGAAGUCUGCUUGCCGUCAAUUCCUCAAAGGUCUCACAAAGCUAGACGCGAAGGUUCAGAGUGCUUCACCUGACGAGGUUUGCGGUAUUCUUCAUGUCUGUGGAAGUUCUGAGGAUUCCGAUGAGUCCGACGUGGAAUGA